CGGCGGCGCGCACUCGGAGCUGCGCCUCACGCCGGACGCCGCCGACGCGCGCGCCAUCUGUCGCGUCACCUGCGAGUUUGUGCCGGACGAGGACUUCGUCAACAGGAGCCAGACGCAGCCGGCCGUGUUCCGAGUGGUGCAUGCCGCCCACUCCAAAAUGGCCCUCAUCAUCGGCAACUCCAACUACCAGAAGUUGGAAGUGCUGAGGAAGGUGGACGAGGACGUGCCGUCGUUCCGUGCCAAGAUGGAGCGGCUGGGGUUCGGCACCCUGGUGGCCAUGAACCUGACCACCAGCGCCGCCUGGGAGACGGCCGAGUACUUCGCGCGGCUGGCGGCGCCCGGCGCCUACCUGGUGGUACUGCUGGCUGGCCACGGCUUCACGCAUCAGCGCCAGGACUACCUGAUGCCGGUCGACCACCCGCGGCUCGGCGCCCUCGCUGGGCCCGACCUCGCCCAAUGUCUGUGCCUGUACACCCUGGAGUGCCGGCUGCAGCGGACGAACCCGGCGAUGCUUUUGAUGUGCGCCGACACGUGUCGCAGCCCGGGUCCGCCCGAGGUGGUGCUGCCGCCCCGCCGCCGCCAGGAGCGGCUCCAGCCCACCAGGAACGUGAUGCGACUGUACUCCACUCAGGUUGGCCACGAGGCGCUGGACGACGGCUGCUUCAUGUCCCACCUGCUGAACAACAUCGGCGAGGAUAUCACGAUCCAGGAGCUGGGUAUGCGAACGCUGCGGAUCCAGGGGGUGCAGUUCCCGAUCGCCGAGAUCUCGGUGGCUGCUGAGUACAGUCUGCGCGACUGCGCCGACCACCGCACCACGCUGGACGUGGUGCUCACGCGCCGCCGCGAGAACAUCUGCGACCCGUCGCUGGGGCUCGAGCUGGGGCUGCAGGAGAGCUGGAGCACGUACAUCUGGCACGGGCGGCACGAGCUGCUACUGACGCUGGAGCUGACGGGGCCGGCCCGACACAUCUGCGUCUGGAACGUGCUGCCGGUGGACUGCAGCGAUGGUCAGGCUCGUCUGCUGUCGCCGCAGCUCGCCUUCCGAAGGGAGAGCGGCGACCAGACGUCGCUGCGCAGCUCGUGGCGGCUGACCGGCCUGACGCCGGUGCCCGGCUGGGUCACUGUCAACGCCCUGGUGGUGCUGGCUCGCGGCGAACAGAGGACCGGCUACGUGCUGCGCGAGCGGCGCCUGCUGCUCGGCCCGCUGGGUCUCGAGGAGGCGCCCGAGCAGCGGCCGACCAGCCCAGAAUGCAAACUCUCAAACGUGGAGCCGCGCUGACCUUCGACGGCGGUGUCCGGGGGUGGGGAGGGAGUGCGAGGAGACGACGGAAGGGAAGAGGAGGGGAUGGGCGAUCAGGGAUUGGCGAGGCGGUGAGAAGUUUGAGCGAGAAGGCCGCAGGGCUUGUGAGCCGGCUGUGUUGCACGCGACGUUCGUGUACUUUAUGAUGGAACCCGCUGAAGUUCCAAAACUUGAACGUCCGUCCAGUUGUGUAGCCCGAUGUUUUGGGCUCGGCGCGCGCCGUCUGACACAGCCUUGGCUGAAGCUGAAGUUGCUGAAGCUGAGGUCACUAUGCGCUGCCGAGCGCGUUAGCAUGUUGCUGAGCCGCUGCCGCGGCGUGGGCUGCGCGUGAGUCCGGCGCCGCACCCUCUUGAGCGCGGCCAGCGGCGGUGAGCAGGCCACGCGGCGCAAGUGAGCAGCGUGCCACCUCACCCGUCUUCCUCAGCGCGCAAGUACCGGGGUUGGCGUCGAAGCGCGCCGCUGGGCGCCGCUCGAUGGGCGCAGGCCGGCAGGGGACCCCAUGAGGAGGCGCGGGGUGGUGGAGCUCCCGGACUGCGCGGCGGUGGCAGGCAAUGGGGGUGUUGCGGUGCGAUGGUGCGAGACGGUCGAUGAUGCUGAGGAAGGCGCGAGAGCGGUCGGUCGCUCUGGACCCUUUUGUACGCUGUGUGGCGGUCUCUUCAAGCCUGGUUAUGACGGUGCGGUUGAAAUGGAGCGGCGCGCCAGCCAGUAGCUACGCGUCAUUCGAAUGACGCUUCGUCGAGGUGUUUAGCUGAUCUUUGGAGGUGGCGACGCUUGCUGGUGGUUAUUCAGUCAGUUUAGCCGUCGCACUGAGGUGGUACAGAUUGAAUGCUAUCGUUGUCAUUUGAUGAUGACGUGUGUCUUCACGUGCUCCUCGUGUGUUCCCUAUGGAACUGCCAUAGUCGAGCGUCAAACGCUGUACCUGGCUACGGGUUAUGGCCGAGACGGUCAAAGGAAUAGUGCGAUGCUGUUCGAUUGCGGAGUUGAUGCAGGAUCGUGCAGGCCUGGGCAACCGCUGCAUUGAGGUAAACUGAUAAAUACGGGUGGUAACAGAAGCAAAGGUACUUACACCCUUUGAUAUGUAGUUAAUCGAAGUUGAACGGCGCAUGCCUUGAGUCAUAGAGCGAUUGCGAUUUUACGGACAUAUAUGUUUGUGAUAAGCAUGUACCCCUUCCGCCGAAAUUGCGCGUCCUCCUGACUUAUUUGGGGGCUGUGAGUGUGCAUUGUUCGUGCAUGAUAUCCGUUAUUCGUUUAAAUGUGCUUUUUCGAGCUUUUUGAAGUUGCUGAUGCGUUGUAAUACAUGAGUAAGGCGGCCUUUUGGCGUUUUCGGUCAU